CACACAAGGGUCUGCCCCACAACCGUCGCCAGCGUCUGCACCCCUACCACCAACCAUGGGAGAUAAAGGUGCGUCUGCAGAGAACCACCACACUCCAGCACUCCACAGCAGCGGCAGCACGAAGUGAAAGGCCGCAAUUUCACGUGUUGCUGUGUUUGUGCGGUGGGUGUGUUGUGUGUGUUGGUGUUGGUCAGGCAAGAAGCCCGAGAAGACCCCGUAUUCGUUUCUGAUCGAUUUUGCGAUGGGUGGUGUCUCUGCGGCCAUCUCCAAGACGGCCGUGGCGCCCAUAGAGCGCGUCAAGCUGCUGCUCCAGACACAGGACAGCAACCCCGACAUCAAGUCAGGCAAAGUGGCCAGAUACUCCGGCAUCAUCAACUGCUUCACGCGGUGAGUGAGUGACCAACCUACCACAACACACACACACACACACAACACAAGGCACACACGGCACGAGCGGAAGGAGAGAGGCUGUGAAUCUAUGGCUCUUGUCUGUGUGUUCCGUGGUUCGUGGUUUCUGAUGCAGUGUGUCAGCUGAGCAGGGCGUUGCGUCGUUUUGGCGCGGCAACUUGGCCAACGUGAUUCGGUAUUUCCCGACGCAGGCCUUCAACUUCGCCUUUAAGGACACGUUCAAGAAGAUGUUCCCCAAGUACGACCCCAAGACACAAUUCUGGCAGUUCUUCGGCGCCAACCUGGCGAGCGGCGGGGCGGCCGGCGCCGCCUCACUCCUCAUCGUCUACCCCCUCGACUACGCGCGGACGCGACUCGCCGCCGACGUGGGCAAGGGCGACGCCCGGGAGUUCACGGGGCUGGUGGACUGCCUCGUCAAGACGGCCAAGAACAGCGGCCCCAUGUCGCUGUACCAGGGGUUCGGCGUGAGCGUCCAGGGCAUCAUCGUGUACCGGGGUGCGUACUUCGGCCUCUACGACUCGGCCAAGGGCAUGAUCUUCAAGGACGAAAAGAAGGCCAACGUCCUCUUCAAGUGGGCCGUCGCACAGGUAUAGUCAGUCAGCCACUCACUCACUCACUCACUGAGGGAGGGAGGGAGGGAGGGAGGGGGAAGAAGCACAGCACAUCGCAGCGCAGCGCAGCUCACUCCCUGUUUGUUUGUGUCCUUCCUCCCCCUCUCUGUGUUGUGUGUGUGUUGUUCACUCAGACUGUGACAGCGCUGGCAGGUGUGAUCUCCUACCCGUUCGACACGGUCCGUCGUCGCAUGAUGAUGAUGGCUGGCAAGAAGGCGGGCGAGGCCAAGCAGUACUCGGGCACCAUCGACUGCUGGCGCAAAAUUGCAGCGGAGGAGGGCAUGCCCGCCUUCUUCAAGGCAACCAACACAACCACACACACACACACCCAAACAGACCAGACGCACACACACACAUGUACCUACCGUACCUCUAUGUGUGUGUGUGUGUCUGUCGUGUGUGUAGGGUGCUGCUUCGAAUGUGUUGCGAGGUGCUGGCGGUGCGUUCGUGCUGGUGCUCUACGACGAGCUCAAGAAACUCGUCGGAUAAAGCACACCACACACAUACACACACACACACACACAAACACACAAGCACACACCAUCCGUGGGUCGGUCGG